UGCAUCUUUGCUUCCCAUAUUAAGCACAAAAAAAGUUUAAUCUCUCUACUAAACACAACUUUCAUUCAAUUACAAACUAAUCUCCUUUCUUGACACACAAGCAAACAUAGUUAUUAACCAUGCAGAAGAGUACUUCAUCUUCAUCACUGGGCCCUGGUGGUCUAGACUUAAGCCAAGCAUUCUUCAAGUCAAUUUCCAAUACUGCCCCUCCUUCACCCACAAAACGCCACACCAAAAUCUCCGUCAUUGGCGUUGGAAAUGUCGGUAUGGCAAUUGCACAAACAAUCCUAACACAAGACCUCGCCGACGAGCUCGCGCUCGUCGACGCGAAAUCCGACAAGCUCCGAGGAGAAAUGCUGGAUCUUCAGCACGCGGCAGCUUUUUUGCCGCGUACAAAGAUCCACGCUUCGAUGGAUUACUCGGUUACUUCCGGGUCGGAUCUUUGUAUUGUCACUGCGGGUGCCCGACAGAACCCCGGUGAGAGCAGGUUGAAUUUGUUGCAGAGGAAUGUGGCUUUGUUUAAGAGUAUUGUUCCACCACUUGUGAAGUACUCACCGGAGACUACACUUUUGAUUGUUUCGAAUCCGGUGGAUGUGCUGACGUAUGUUGCUUGGAAGUUGUCUGGGUUUCCAGCGAAUCGGGUUAUCGGGUCGGGUACGAAUUUGGAUUCUUCCAGGUUUCGUUUUUUGAUUGCUGAUCAUCUUGAUGUUAAUGCCCAGGAUGUUCAGGCAUACAUUGUUGGGGAGCACGGUGACAGCUCUGUGGCACUUUGGUCUGGCAUGAGUGUAGGAGGAGUGCCAGUCCUUAGCUUCUUGGAGAGGCAACAAAUUGCGUUAGAGAAAGAGACACUGGAAAAAAUCCACAAGGAAGUUAUGCAGUGUGCAUAUGAAGUGAUUGGUCUAAAAGGUUACACAUCAUGGGCAAUUGGCUACUCUGUAGCUAACUUGGCUCGAACGAUACUUCGAGAUCAACGAAGGAUUCACCCUGUUUCAGUUCUUGCAAAGGGGUUUUAUGGAAUUGAUGGCGGCGAUGUAUUCUUAAGCUUGCCUGCACAGCUUGGAAGAAGUGGAGUUUUGGGUGUGACGAAUGUGCAUCUUACUGAUGAAGAAAUUGAGCAACUUAGGAACUCUGCUAAGACUAUUCUGGAAGUGCAGAGUCAGUUGGGAAUUUGAAUUGGAGUAGCAACUGUUGAUCAGUUAUCUAUGUUACUCUACUACUAUGUUGUUUCUUACCAUACAGUUUGUUUAAUUUUGUUUCCUUUGUAUUAUCUUUGUUUAUGAGGAAAAUAGUGAGAAUAACUUUGUGUUACAGCAGAUGGUCAAAUGACAUAUUGGCUGCCUGCUAGUGCUCUGUGGUACUAACUUUGAAAUAAAUUGCAACAGAACCUCUGAUGCCGGUUUAUAGAAUUCUGAUUUAUCAUUCUUCAGGUAA